AUGUCGCAUGGCCAGGACGAAGUCCUUACAUGUUUGGCCGAAGAGAAGUUAGAAGCACACAAUCAUCCUCCUCCCGAGCCCACCUCCUUUACUGGUAUUCGAGAAGAAGACGGAGAUUUAUCGCGAUUGCAGGAUCAGUUCAGUCUCAUAACCUUUUUAUUGAUUGAUUUAUUACGAUUUUUCAUGAGGUCACUGAUUUUAGGAAUCGUUUCCGAUUAUAACAGUCCGUUGAAAGUGGUUGAGACAUCGCGAAAGGCUUUUGUACGUAAAGGACUGACUGACAAAACUAACACAGAUGUACAUAACCAGGAAUACAUUACAAGUAAAACCGUGAAACAACCAAUAGAGGAAUCGCCCAUAUCGAGUCGUCGACCACCACGUUUGCUUACACCAUCAAUGAUAUCGUCUGAUGACGGCGACAAUGAGAACGUACUGUCAGUAUCGAGUUUUGAAGAAACAGUCUUCGCAAGCAUAGAGACCACCUCGGCAGCGUCAAUAUCAUCAUUUUCAGUAGAGGAUCCACAUUUACCACAAGACUUGAUGUGUUCGAGGCUUGAAUGGACUUCUCUCCAAACGUAUCACAUGCCAGCGAAUGCUCCAUGUCAUCUUCGCGGUCUUUAUCUCGAAGCUUCACGCGUACGCAAAGUACGGGCCAACUGGAAAAUGGCGAGGAAUCUCAACAAUCGGGAUCGCCGUAAGUUGUUCGGACCGACCGUCUCUAGUCGAAUGACGUCAUUGAUACGUGGGCAAACCCCCUACGCACAGUACCUGCCUUAUAAGGCAACAGUGCUGAAGACAUUAAUUGGCUUGAUUCUAACGCAGAUCUGUUCGCUUUUUCAAGGAGUAUUCGUUACUGCUCGGAAUACUCAGCGCGAAUCACUUGCUUUCCGAAGCAUAUCAGCUGAAACGUUAGCCUCAGAGAUACGGCGACUUGGACCAGAAGAGUUUGAACGUCGCUAUUUGCUCAUUGACUGCAGAUAUCCAUAUGAAUAUGAGGGUGGAAUUCGUCAAGGAGCAUUCCUAAAAGAUCCUGAUAGUUUCAAUAAGCGCGGACCCGGAAUGGCCCUUGCAUUGCGAAGUAUUGAUCGAAUGCGUAAUGAACUGAAUUAUCCAAAGGUUGACUACGCUGAGAUGUACCUUCUAGACCAUGGUUACCGAAAAUUCUGGAAUGAUGGUUACAAGUCUGAAUGCGUUCCAUGUGGAUAUGUCCCCAUGACAGACUCGGCACAUGUGUCUUCUUUAAUCAAAUAUAAGUGGCACAAGUCAAAGUCAACAAGCCAACUUAUUGUACGACAGCCACUUCGAAAGGUAUCGCUGUACCGACAUCGCUCGCUCAUGCAGGUAAGGCGCCUCGGCUUCACAUUUGUUAUUAUAAUUUUCUUCUGCAUGGCUUUUCCUUCUCCGCUUGAUCCUUGCUUUUGUUUUGUUUUCUUUACAAAAGAGAUUCAGGUGUGUACCGAGGUUGAAACGACAGAAUCAGUGAUUAGCCCGACGGCGAAAACUCCACUUUUGACGCCUCGUCGUUUGGAGUUUGGUGAUAGUCCAGAAUGGGACAGUACUGAAUAA